UGACUUCACGCCUUCAAGUUGCUCCAUAUCCAAAGUCCGACGGCGUCUCCUCGAAAGCCGUCGUUCUCAUUCUCACAGCGUUUUCAGUAUCCCUUUCAAAUCUCGAUAUCGAGGACAGAUGCCAGGAACUCGCAAGCGGCUCACGACUGCCGCGUCUCCCUCCACCUCUUGUAACUUAUACAAAACUGCGAUUCGGGCGCUUGCUGACGUCGUGCUGGGUGAAUACGUCCGUUCCCUGGCUAUGAAGUACCGUCCUGAUGAAACUGGUGGGUUCGAAGCCCAGCAAGUAAUACAUAGCCGAUACGGACAGGCGAAUUGCAGUUUCAACAACGAGAAGGACACCUGUGGCAUCGGCGUCAGGGACACCGUACUCUUUUGGACCGUUUGUAGAUUAUUGCCCCGAAAAGCACGAGGGAAAGUUAUCAUUCCCACCAGGCCCGUCUCACUGCCCAUCGUAUUCAUAUCCAUCAAGGCCGUAGAGGUACGGAUCAUUUCACUCAAUCAUCCAACUGCCAACCGACAAAGUGAUUGCGGGAUCUAUACUCAUUCGCAGUCCCCAUCGUCGCCGGAUUCCAUCUCGUUUGAAAAUUCACAAUCCCGUCCCAGUUCACCCAAUUCGCCCCCGAAAACCCCCCAAUUAAUCCACCCGCCAUCGGCAAUUAUCCACAAUCAUGACCUGGUCCCUCGGAGCCAGGUAGACCCAGAACUCGAACCCGUCAACCCACUCGUUGUGCCGGUACUUGUAGCCCCGGGCUUCGUGCGGGCUUUAAGCACCCCGUAAUAGUACCGCAAUCGGGAAGAAGGCAAAGUCCAUGUCUAGUAGAUCCAGCUUGUUCACGAAUCUGGGGAUUCCAAC